AUGGAGCGGUGUAAUCCUGUGAAAAACCCUAUUGUACCAGGAUGCAGACUUGUGAAGGAUGAAGGAGGUACAAGGGUUGAUCCCACCGCCUACAAGCAAAUGGUGGGCAGUCUUAUGUACUUGACUGCCACCAGACCAGAUCUCAUGUAUGUGGUGAGUUUGAUUAGUCGAUUUAUGGAGGCUCCUACUGAGUUACAUCAACAAGCAAUAAAGAGGAUCUUUCGGUACUUGAAGGGAACAGCUGAAUUAGGAAUAUUUUACAAGAGAGGAGGAGAGGAAAGCUUGGUUGCUUUCUCUGACAGUGAUUAUGCAGGAGACCUUGGGGAUCGUAAGAGCACUUCAGGGUACGUGUUUAAGCUGAGUUCCGGCGCUGUGGCAUGGAGUUCCAAGAAACAACCAGUAGUAACACUCUCUACAACUGAGGCGGAAUUUAUAGCAGCUGCUUCCUGCGCAUGCCAAAGUGUAUGGAUGCAAACAAAUUCUCAGAAAGCUCGGCCUCAACCAAAGAGUAAGCAUAUCGACAUUCGUUUCCAUUUCCUUCGAGAUUUAACCAGAGAUGGAGUAGUUGACUUGGUGCACUGUGGGUCUAAAGAUCAGUUAGCUGACAUUAUGACAAAACCCUUGAAGUUAGAAGCGUUCUUGAAGAUGAGAAAGCACCUUGGAGUGUGCGAGGUUCAAAAGGUGCUUGAUGACUAA